AUGACCAGGGGUGCUGGGACGUGUUGGCAGCAAGAAGAUGACGACGGCUUCCAAAUCUGGCUAGAGCCCCCCCGCGACAACCAAAAGCCAUUCACCGACUCAGAGAGGGCGCAGAGAUGGCGACUGUCCUUGGCAUCCCUCUUGUUCUUAACCAUCCUCCUCUCUGAUCACCUGUGGUUCUGCGCCGAGGCCAAACUGGCCCGGACCCGGGACAAGUUCGCAUCCUCCCACCUCCUCUCACCCCAGACCCACUCAGCACACAGCAGCCUCAGAGGAAACCCAGAUGCUAUUUUUAUAGGAAACUCUACCAAACAUUUGUGGCGGCUUGAAACUUGCCACCAGGAUAGUUUAUCUAAGAACUGCUUUGCUUUCGCAGAUGCCGACCAUUUGUGCAGGGGCCUUUCCGACAAAGAGGGGACGCGGGCUGUAAAUAUGAGCGAUUUGUACCUUUCCUUUUGUAACUCCUACUCUCUGCUGGAUUUGUUUUACGGGUCGACAAGUCCGGACAAUUUGAACUGCAGCCUCGACGUGCUCGGCGAUGGCGACACGACCAGAUGCAGCCUGUGCGUCCAGGCGUACCAGCGCUACGACCAGCACGCCCAGGAGAAAUACGAGGACUUUGAGCUCCUGACUCAGAAAUAUGAGCCGGGGGCAUAUUCAGUGAGGACGUGCAUGGAGCAUUGCAAGACGGCCUACAAGCCCUGGCUGUGCGCUCAGUAUUUCCCCACCACCCAGCGGUCCUGUCAGAAGAAGGUGCCGUGCCACCAGUACUGCCUGGAGGUCCAGCAGAGCUGCCCGUUCAUCCUGCCCGAUAACGACGACCUGAUCCACGGCGGCAGCCCCAGCUUCAUCUGCACAGGGCUCUUGGGAGAUCAUCCAUCAGACAGUGAGGCGGAGUGCUGUGACGUCCGAUGGGACUCCAAAAUGGACAACCCUUCAGGCGGGACGCUAAAAAGGACUGCUUCUUCCUGCCAGCCCGAGGGGGCCUCGGUCACCUCCGCCGCCACCCCGAGACUGUGCAGCGGGCGACUGAAGAUCUGCCUGCUGGCCCUCGUCCUCCUACACACUGUCAUCAUCAUUUCAGCCUCCCAUAAUUCUACGUUGGUGGGCAUGGCUGCCAUUUUCUCACCAGAGGAGAGUGCUUCUAAUGAGGAGUGA